AUGUUUCUAAAAUUCCUCCUCAUCCUCCGUCUCCUCGGAUUCACCUUCUCGCUCAUCACGCAGAGACUGUCUCUCGUCCUCUCCGCGAAACUCCACCGCCUCACAUACCGCGUGGUUUCCCACCCCAAGAACAUUGUGAUCAUAGGCGGCUCCUUCGGGGGCUAUUUCCUCGCCACGCGGCUUGCGGAGUCUCUUCCGAGCGGGUAUAAAGUGAUAUUGAUCGAAAAGCACACGCACUUCCACUUCACGUGGAAUUUCCCCCGCAGCACCGUCGUACCGGGUCAAGAGCACAAGGCCUUCAUCCCGUACCCUGACAAGCCCGCCGACACGCCGGAGGGGUCAUUCGAGUUGAAGCGCGGCGUCGUCACCACCAUCAACGAGAAGAGCGUAGUGUUAGCGACCGGGGAAGUGGUCGAGUAUGCAUAUCUAGCUCUCGCGACAGGGAGCCAGCACCGCUACCCGGCGGCUCUUCAUUCCGACGACAAGGGCGGGGCGGUGAGAUUCUUCGCAGACGUCCAAACCCGGAUCCAGCAUGCCGAGACCAUCGUCGUGGUCGGCGGCGGGGCCGCGGGGGUGGAAGUCGCGGGCGAUAUUCGCAGCAAGUAUCCCCUCAAGACCGUCACGUUGGUGCACUCGCGAGACAGGCUGCUGAACAGUUUCGCGCCGGGCCUUCAUGCCAUCGCGAGGCCCGCGCUCGAGGAGCUGGGCGUGAAGCUGCACCUUGGAGAGCGCGUCGUCGGCGGGUUUGACCUCGAACUCGACCUCGACGGGCCCGGCAAUGUCGUCCUAAGUAGUGGCACGGUUUUACCGUGCGACCUGCUGAUCAAAUGUACGGGCCAAACCCCCAACUCGCAGCUCGUCCGGGCGUUCUCGCCAUCCAGCAUCGCCGCGUCGGGCGCCAUAUUGGUUCACCCCACGCUGCAGGUCAAGAUCGAGAACGCGCCCUCACCUAACGUGUACGCUCUGGGCGACGUGGUCGACCUGCCCGGUCCGAAGAUGGGGCGCGCCGCCUCGAUGCAGGGUUUCCUUGUCGCGGAGAACAUUGUGCGAUCCAUUCGGGGGAAGAAGUUGAGGGACUAUGUCCCCUCGUUGAUCGAUUCAUCGAUCGAAUUGACGUUAGGGUUGACCAAGAACGUGACCUACAUCAGCGACGGCACGACCGACGUGUCGUUUUCCAAGAAGAUGACAGACGAAGCCAUGCACGCGGCGCAAGCGUGGAGACUUAUGGGCGCGAAACCGUUCGAGGAGCCGAACAUUCAAAUUCCAGACCGCGUGGUGGACAAGAACGGGGCUUGA